UUGUAGUAUAUUGGUAUUGGAUGAUACACGUGCGUAUAAACCUAACCCUACUAAAAUUAUUUGUAUCCAAAUAAAUGAAACUUGUUAUAUUCUAUACUAUAUAACAAAAAAAUUUUUAUAAUUACAUAAGGAAAAAAAGGCAAAAUGGCAAAGUCACAUGCAACAAGUAAAGCUCCUCGAAAAGAGGGAUUUAAACGUUCUGGGCACAGUAUGAACCCUGAACGACCUACAGAAGGAUUAAAAGGUGUGGCAAAGGUUCGAACAAAAGCAACAAUUAAAAGGUUGCAAAUGUAUCGUAAUCAGAAACCAAAGCGCAAUCGUAAAGGACAAAUCAUUAGUCCAGCACCAUUUCAAGGAUGGCAACCAUCUGGUACUAUGUCACGUAUAGAACCUUCACAGAGAUGGUUUGGUAAUUCAAGAGUUAUUUCUCAAAAUGCUUUGCAAAAAUUUCAAGACGAAUUAGGGAAAGCAAUGAAAAAUCCUUACAACGUGAUUAUGAAACCUACACAAUUACCAAUAACAUUACUUGAACAAAAGGCUGCAAAUGCAAGGGUACAUUUAUUAGAUACAGAAAGUUUUGAAAGUGUUUUUGGCCCAAAGAAGAUACGAAAAAAACCAAAUUUACCAAUAUCAUCGUAUGAUGAACUACAAAAACUAGCAGAAGCAAAGGAAGAAACUUACAAUAUGGAAAAAGAUUCUAAAGAUGUUGAUCUUGUACGUCCAGAUACAGGUAUCAAAGAAGCUCAGAGAGACUGGGUUAUGUCUGCAGGUCAAAGCAAGAGAAUUUGGAAUGAAUUAUAUAAAGUUAUAGAUUCCUCUGAUGUUAUUUUACAAGUAUUAGAUGCCAGAAAUCCUUUAGGAACAAGAUCACCGCCAAUAGAAAAGUAUCUCAAAACGGAAAAACCUCAUAAACAUUUAAUGUUUAUUUUAAACAAAGUAGAUCUUAUCCCAACUUGGGCAACGCAAAGAUGGGUUGCGAUAUUGAGUGCAGAAUAUCCAACAGUGGCAUUUCAUGCAUCUAUGACACAUCCAUUUGGUAAAGGUUCUUUAAUUAAUUUGUUACGCCAAUUCGGAAAAUUACACAUUGAUAAGAAACAAAUCAGCGUAGGUUUCAUAGGAUAUCCUAAUACUGGUAAAAGUUCAAUUAUAAAUACUUUAAGAUCAAAGAAAGUGUGCAGCGUUGCACCGAUAGCAGGAGAGACAAAAGUAUGGCAAUAUAUCACUUUAAUGCGGCGUAUUUACUUAAUAGAUUGUCCAGGUGUAGUUUAUCCAUCAGCAGAAACCGACACGGAAAAGGUAUUGAAAGGUGUUGUAAGAGUAGAACUCGUACAAAAUCCUGAAGAUUACAUUUCAGAAGUAUUAUCUCAAGUAAGGGAAGAGUAUAUACGUAAGACAUAUAAAAUUAUGGAGUGGAAUGAUCAUAUUGAUUUUCUGGAGAAGUUGGCACGUAAAAGUGGCAAAUUAUUGAAGCAAGGAGAACCAAACAUUACUAUUGUUUCACGAAUGGUUUUAAAUGACUGGCAACGUGGUAAAUUACCAUUUUAUGUCCCACCCCCUGGUUUUGAGGAACCGUUGUCAAGAGUAACAGAUGAAAUUUCAGUUGAAGAUAAUAUUGAGAAACAGAACGAUGUUGAGAUGAAUAAAACUGAGGAUAUAUUAAACAAAGAACCAAAAGUUCAGUUAUCUGUGAUACAAGAUUUUCGAAAAAUUAGGGUUGGUUUGCCAUAUUCAGAUGACGAUGUCAGAAAUGACCUGUACAUUGAACAUAAUGUAUCGGAUACAAAAGACAAUAGCAUAGAAACUAGUUCAAUUGCAUCUGAUUUGAAUGACGAUGACAUCAAUGAAACUGAAGAUAAUGGAAAUGUGCAACUCGAAGAAAUAUCAAUAGAAAACGAGGAGGUUAAUGAAUCCAAUAACGAUUCGAAAAAUAGAGAUGAAGUAAAUGAAACAAAUUCUGAUGAUGAAAUUCAUUUGCCGAUAGAGAAAGAUACGUUAUUGCAAAGUGCAUAUGAUGAAAUAGAAGAACAAUAUGAUUCCAGCGAUACUGAAAUGUUUAAUACAAAUACCAUGUCGAGCAGUGGUAUAUUUAAAGUUUCAGUAGAAAAAGAAAACAGAUUAACAAGUAAACAACGGCGAGCUAUAGAAAGGGCUAAUAAAAGAAAGAAGAUCGGUAGCAACUUUUAUGAAGUUAAAAAUGUAAAAAAUAGAAAUAGAAAUAGAAAAAUUCCAAAAAUUAAACGUAAAUAAUUUAUAAGUAAGGAAAGGAAGCAAUUAUUGAUGCAAAUAUUGACUGAGAUUACAUGAUUUAAAACUUAUGAUUACAUAAGAUAAAUGAUUUUAUUUAUAUAUUGUAGAAAGUUACAUAAAAAAU